GCUGACGUGUUCGAGACGUUGGAUGUCGUCUUUGAGAAGUUCGACGACGCCGUGGCGAGGUAUGGCAUGUACAAGUACCAGCAUGUUGGCGACUGGUACAUCAUCACGUGCCCUCGCGCCGCCAUGCCGUUCGACAGGGCAGUGCAGGAGCGGCCUUACCCGGGUAUGUACUACCGCAAGAUGUGCCAGCUAGCGUCGGAGUUGGUGUGCAUUGCAAAGAUGCAGAAGAUCGAGGACAUGCAGCUGGGGUUGAAGGUGGGGAUACACUGUGGAGCAGCAGCGGGGGCUGUGAUAGGAAGGCACCGAUCGUUCUACUGCGUGUAUGGGGAUACGACAAACACAGCGGCGAGGAUGUGCAAGUAUGCUGAGGUGAACAAGAUC